AUGGAAGCCAAAGAACAAGCUUUGCGUGAUCAUCCAGAUGAUGACUUUAAAUAUGGUAUCGGUCGAUUCUGGAAAAUUCUCCCAACACGCCCUUACAUGAACGCUCGUCUUGAUUACAGGGCUGCUCUGACAUUCGUCAGACAUGUCGAAUCAGUUCACGUGCAGCUAGAUACCCUCAUAGAGGACCUGCGACUUUGCCGCGGCGACAGCAUUGGGUCCAAAGAUAUCGAUCAGGAAUGCUACGAUUUCUUGAAAUGGUGGGCAACAAUCUCCAACAAUCCCCAGUACGAUUGGGGCGAUGAAACUCUGCCAUAUCUGGACACCAAAAAUGCCAAUCCACUUGAGCUGAUCGACCCUUUUCUCAGUGAAACUUCAUCUGAGCCGUUCUUCAUGUUCCUUCAUCACAAACCACAUCUCGCGCACACCGUUGCACUGACUCUCGUCAAAGUCAAGCUGUAUUUCAUCCUGCUCGCCACCCACGGAUCCAAUGGAGCUUAUGAAAUGGCAACAGAAAAGAACCGCAAGAUCAUUGAUGAGAUGAUAGAACUCAAGAAUUCGACAAUCGCUAAAAAUCUCCACGUCGCCAAUCUGACAUCUCUCGAAGCCCAACCUGAAAUUGAGAAGGUUAAGGCUCAGAUUCGCAAAUUUUACGAGAUUGUCAACAAAGCGAACCCGUACUUUUGGCCGGAGCUUAUUGACCCUGAUAAUACCUUGAAUUCUGCCCCUUCGUUCUCCGCGCCUGGAAGUAGGCAGGAGAUGCAAGCGGCUAUUAUGCAGACCUGGCAAGCGUGGAAUGAGACCUUUGGCGCGAUUCAUAUCAUUCAUGCGAUAGCCAACGGCAAUGAAUUCUCAUUCUAA